AACUAGCAUGAAUCAGACUGGAUCUGAUGACUUGAGGUGUUCUUUGGAUAGGUGCUUUUACAGGCUUCUUGCUGUGUCUUCACUUAAAAGUUACCGGACAGAAACCAGAGUCUGGGAUCUUUGAGCUAGAUAAAGGACACAUUAAAUCUUAACCCAUGAGUGUUUGGAAAUCAUUGUGCAGUCAAAAGUCAGACUGGAAGUCAUAUGGCAAAGACUGUGUUCAGGAAAAGGUUUCAGUUUCUGUGUGACACCAGUGUGAUGACCCACUUAUUUCCUGAACAUAAAAACUGAGCUGGGAUUAAGACUGUAUGUUCAGGGAGUACAUCAGCCCCUUCACAAGAGCAGUGAAACUGAGAGUAUAUUUCUUUGGGCGCCUGAAGUUGACAAGAAAGGAAAUGUUGCUUAGAAGGGAAGUGUGCUGGUAUAAGAAAGUACAUGUAAGUGGAGAAAAUGGAACUGAGAUCAACACGAUGACAUAAUUAGUGUGAAAGUAAUAACUGCGUCCGCAGCCAAACAAGAUGAUUAAUGGAUACAUUAAUUUCCUGAAGAAAGUUGGGUGAAGAUGGGAAAAGAUUAUCAUUCUUUAUAGUUUUCAUCUCUGUACAUUAGUAAAGAUGCCAACCACUAAAAGCGAGAUCUAAAUUUAGGGGGAAAUAAACUCCAAGUGACUGCUGAAAUAUGAUAAGAGAUUGGUGCUUCCUUCACGUGUUAAUGGUAAUGGUCAAUGGCAGUAGCCUGGCAGUUCUUCGGUGUAUGUUUUCUUCUCAGAUUAGGAAAAUAUUAUAUAUUCAAAAGGAAGAGAGUAUCAGCUUGGACAAUGCAAAGCGGGUUUCUUCUGCUCUUCCACGGUUCCAGUACCAUUUCAAGUUUUCGUUAGUAAUAUGGGUGAGGAAAUAGGGAAAGUGUUCCUGAGACUUUGUAAAUGACAUCGAGUUGGCAGGAGUAUUCUAGCACAUUACAAGAUAACUCCUAACAAAGGCCAUAUCCAGGGAAAAUGUGGUAACGUGCGCUUGACUAACUAAGACCCGGAUGCAGAGUCUACAGCCUGACCCAGCCGCCCGCUAUCGCAAUGUGUUGGAGGCCCUCUGGAGGAUUAUAAGAACGGAGGGCCUAUGGAGGCCCAUGCGGGGGCUGAACGUCACAGCAACAGGCGCAGGGCCUGCCCACGCCCUCUAUUUUGCCUGCUACGAAAAGUUGAAAAAGACAUUGAGUGAUGUAAUCCACCCAGGGGGCAAUAGCCAUAUUGCCAAUGGUGCAGCCGGGUGUGUGGCAACAUUACUUCACGAUGCAGCCAUGAAUCCAGCAGAAGUGAUCAAGCAGAGAAUGCAGAUGUACAACUCACCAUAUCAUCGGGUGACAGACUGUGUACGGGCAGUGUGGCAAAAUGAGGGGGCCGGAGCCUUUUACCGCAGCUACACCACCCAGCUAACCAUGAAUGUUCCCUUCCAAGCCAUUCACUUCAUGACCUAUGAAUUCCUGCAGGAGCACUUUAACCCUCAGAGACGGUACAACCCUGGCUCCCAUGUCCUCUCCGGAGCCUGUGCAGGAGCUGUAGCUGCUGCUGCCACGACCCCACUGGACGUUUGCAAAACACUGCUCAACACCCAGGAAUCCCUGGCUUUGAACUCAAACGUUACAGGACACAUCACAGGCAUGGCUAGUGCCUUCAGGACGGUAUAUCAAGUAGGCGGGGUGACCGCCUACUUCCGAGGAGUGCAGGCUAGAGUAAUUUACCAGAUCCCCUCCACAGCCAUUGCAUGGUCUGUGUAUGAGUUCUUCAAAUACCUAAUCACUAGACGGCAAGAAGAGAGGCGGGCAGGCAAGUGACAGAGCACCAAGCAAAGCCAGGGGUGCACACAGCACUGCUGCAUCCUGCCUUCCAGCCAUAUUCUUUCUCCUGACAUGCUGCAGCCUUGAGUAGAGUUGGAAGAAAGGCUGCGGGCUCUCCAGGCUCCUGAGUUUGGCUAGCACCAGUUCCUGCCAUCCUGUUGCUGCUGCCACCUUUCCUUCCGGGCCCUAAGCAGGUGCAUCUGAGCACACCACAGCACCUCCAGCAACCUCUCCAUCCUGGGCCUGGUGACCUUCUCUGGACAGUUCACAGAGGGCUGAGCAGCACAUGCCCCUGGUUCCUAAUAAAACAAAACAAAACCUUUGAAUUAAA